UGUAGUUUGUGGCCUCCCGUGGUUCUGGGGUUAGUUUCUUCCUUCAGAUCCGGGAACUGAGCACUAUGGCUGAGGUGAAGGUGAAGGUGCAGCCUCCUGACGCCGAUCCAGUCGAAAUUGAAAACAGAAUUAUAGAAUUAUGCCACCAGUUCCCACAUGGAAUCACAGAUCAAGUAAUUCAGAAUGAAAUGCCUCAUAUAGAAGCCCAACAACGGGCAGUGGCCAUCAAUAGACUGUUGUCUAUGGGUCAAUUGGAUCUCUUAAGGAGUAAUACUGGUCUUUUAUAUAGAAUAAAGGACUCUCAGAAUGCUGGGAAAAUGAAGGGAUCAGAUAACCAAGAAAAACUAGUAUAUCAAAUCAUAGAAGAUGCAGGAAAUAAAGGAAUAUGGAGCAGAGAUAUACGAUACAAAAGCAACUUGCCAUUAACAGAAAUCAACAAAAUUCUAAAGAAUUUGGAAAGUAAAAAGCUUAUCAAAGCUGUUAAGUCUGUAGCAGCCUCCAAAAAGAAAGUAUAUAUGCUGUACAACCUGCAGCCAGAUCGGUCUGUUACUGGUGGUGCCUGGUACAGUGACCAGGAUUUUGAAUCUGAAUUUGUAGAGGUGCUUAACCAACAGUGUUUCAAAUUUCUACAAUCCAAGGCAGAAACAGCACGAGAAAGCAAGCAGAAUCCAAUGAUACAAAGAAAUAGUUCAUUUGCUUCCUCCCAUGAAGUGUGGAAAUAUAUCUGUGAAUUAGGGAUCAGUAAGGUAGAGUUGUCCAUGGAGGACAUUGAAACCAUCCUGAAUACACUCAUUUAUGAUGGAAAAGUGGAGAUGACUAUCAUUGCUGCAAAAGAAGGCACAGUUGGCAGUGUAGAUGGACACAUGAAACUGUACAGGGCCGUCAAUCCAAUCCUCCUACCUACGGGUUUGGUCCGGGCACCCUGUGGUCUCUGCCCGGUUUUUGAUGACUGCCAUGAAGGUGGUGAGAUUUCACCAUCUAAUUGUAUUUAUAUGACAGAAUGGCUUGAAUUUUAAUAUUUAAUACAGAACUAUGAACUUUAUUAAACAUUUUCAAAUGAAGUUACUUUGAGACCAAAUAAUUCAUGAUGGAACAUCAGAGUUCUUUGAAAAUAUACUUCACAGUAAUGGAUACAGACUUGCUGCUAUGAAGACUUUUUUUUAUUUAUGAAGAUUAAAUUUAUAUUGGAAGAGUAGCCAACAGAAAAUGAAACAGAACAGUGAAAUCCAUUCCUCAACAAAUAAAAUACAUUGAAGCUCUGGAAAACCACAUCUUUGAAGUUUCAAGACUUGGUUCAAGGAAAAAGAAGCCAACAAACCUAUAUUUACUACUACUAUGGUAAUGAUUAAAGCACUCAAGUUUUCAUUUUAGGGCUAGGGCAUGGGCUUAAGUGAUAAAGUGCAAUACCUUUCGUUCCAUAUUCAGUCCUCAGUACAGCCAAAGUAAUAAUAAUCAAGCUGGGCCCUGGUGGCUCACGAUUAUAAUCCUAGCUACUAAAGAGGCUGAAAUCUGAGGAUCACGGUUCAA